UCCACAACUGCUCUCUGAAAAUUGGAUCCGCCACUGUACUCUAAUCCCGAAACCGACUUCCCCAUAAUUCAGUUGACGUCACAAAGGAAAAGAAAAACCUAAACAAUUAUGACGUCACAAAUGGUUUGUUUUGUUUAGAUCUACUACCAAUACGCCGAACAUUACAAGAUUAAAAGACAGACAUGGUGAUUCAAAGACAUCCUCAAAAGUUGUAUGUGGACAGAAUUUACAGAAAUGUCAUGAAGAAUAACUACAGAUGAAUUUUUCAUGUUGUGUGCAAUGGGUUGAUAAUUAUGUUACGACUCUAUGAUCCGAUAUCCAAGACUGCGUACGAGCAAGAAGAAACGAGAGAUCCGACAUCCUUGCAGAGUCAAAGCAGAAAGGCCAUAGUGCAGAAUCUAACACUCCGAUGUAUAGAGAGGGUGAAGGAUCUGCCUCUACCAGAUACAUUGAAGCACAGAGUUACAACACUGAGCAUGAAAGAUUUCCUUAUAGAUGUGGAGAGAUUGAGACCUGUCAAUCACACCCGGCAGUGCUACCCAGCAUACUGUUGUCUCAAUAAUGAGGAUGUCAUCAUUAAAAUUUUCCCGAAAUAUGCUAGUGUUAGUCUUUCAGACUACAACCCCUCUCUGAUAGCAUCAUUUGCAGAAGACGACCACCUGUGUUGUGUUUUUAUCCCAACCCAAUCCCUAGCUGAGAAGAUUGACAAGGCAAACGAAACUGGGUGCACUUUAGACCACAGCAUAAUAUGGCAAACACUUUCAAGCAUUAUGAAUGUUUUCCAGUCCAAAAACAUCUCCCCUAUUGCCAGAAUAUCAUCCACCAGCAUUCAAUUCCACACGUCUGGUCAUAUCACAGUAAACUGCACACACGACGAGAGUGAACAAAUCACAACAUUUGAGGCCAAAAUAAACAUGCCAGUUUAUGAGGCACCCGAGGUCAUUGGUCGCCAGAAACCCGACACCAAAGCCCACUCUUGGAACAUAGGCUGUCUGUUGUAUGAAAUGCUGGCUCUUGAACCUGCUUUUUAUGACAGGAGUGGGACAAACCCAUUUUCAGUUUUCAUGGAUAUCAUGCAGGGAAACAUGCCAUCAGUUCCGAGUUCUGCCAAUAACUCUUUGACAGAUUUAGUCUCUCACUGCCUUGUUAGCAGUCCUGCUGAUCGCUACAGUCUACAGGAUAUCACUGAUGCUAUUAUUCUACAUAAUGCUAAAACCCUGUAGAACACCUGUCUUACUCAUUCCUAUACCAGAAAUUUCUAAUAUUAUGUUUUAUUGCAUUCAUUUUAAAAGCUGUAUUUACCAAUUUCAAAAAAUCUAAUAGUGCAGAAAUUUUCUUUUUUAAUAUUUUUACUUCCACACUUUUACUGGUCAUACAAUAUGCAUUAUUGAUAAAGAAUGUUCAUUUGAUUUACUUGCCUGUUUAUAUCAUCCAAUGUUGCUUAUAUCAAAUGUCUUGUUUAUUACAAAAAUAAAAUUUUUACCAAUGGA